AUGUCGGACCCGCCGAAUUCCCAACCCGAUAGCUUGAUACAAGCGGAUAAAUGCAAAGAAUACUGGGAGACUGUUGCUUCUGAUAGUAACGGAAUGCUUGGCGGCGUUCUGGCUGUCAUGCCCUCCGUUUCCCGCAUAGAUCUCCAAGGAUCGCGCACGUUUUUGGCGAGGCUAGGAAUUGGCAUCAAGAGCGGCAGACAAAGAGUACCACGAGUUCUCGAGGGUGGGGCAGGAGAACUGGAUAGAAUUGGCAGGAUAACAGAAGGACUGCUUCUCAAGCUGGCGGAUCAAGUUGACGUCGUCGAGCCCGUGGCCAAAUUCACAGAAAGCUUACGCGGAAAGCCUGGCGUGGGAGAAAUCCACAAUGUUGGCCUUGAGAAAUGGGAACCCACCGAGGGCGCUGUAUACGACCUGAUCUGGAUCCAAUGGUGCAUAGGGCAUCUCAACGACGACGAGUUGGUGCAGUUUCUUGAAAAGUGCAAAGCUGUGCUGCAAAAGGAACAUGGCCUCAUUGUCUUCAAGGAGAACUUGAGCACCUGGGGUCAGGACAAGUUUGAUGAACUUGACGGUAGCGUUACAAGGCAAGUUUCUUCAAGCCCACUUUCCACGACUUGUCAACUGACGAAUGAAUAG